CCGUAGUUAGUGUAGCAACAGCUCGCCCGGUGUGUCUCUCGCCUGACAGGUUGGAAGCUCGUUUUUCAGGCUGAACCAAAACCUCCCCCCCCACGCCCUGUCGUAGGAGCUGCCAGGUCGAGCGGUUGUUAGAAAAGAGAACAAUCCCGGGAACACUCUAGAAACGUAAACGUUCUCCCUACCAUCUCCUCGGAACACAGCAGCAGGUGAAAGGAUGGAGACCCACAGCCAGAUUCUGGACAGGUUGCGCUCUGCGUUUCGGUCGGGUAUCACGGUACCAGAGGCGUUCCGUCAAGCUCAGCUAAAACAGCUCAUGUCCCUGAUGACAGAAAAUGAAGAUCAGAUUUUAGAUGCACUGAAGAAAGACCUCGCCAAGCCCAAAUUUGAGUCCAUCAUAGCUGAGGUGGAUAUGGUGAUCAAUGAGCUGCACUUCACCAUCGCUAACCUGAACAGCUGGAUGCAGCCGGAGUACGUCAGCAAGAACCUGGCCACAAAGCUAGAUGAUUGUUUUGUGCGGAGGGAGCCGUUGGGGGUGGUGUUGAUCAUCGGCCCGUGGAACUACCCCCUGCAACUCCUCCUCUCACCUCUGAUCGCAGCCAUUGGUGCAGGUAACUGUGCCAUCAUCAAGCCUUCAGAGGUCAGCGCCGCCACAGAUGCUCUUGUCGCAGAGCUCAUCCCAAAAUAUAUGUCUCAGGACUGUUAUGCAGUAGUCCGCGGGGCAGCAGAGGAGACCAAGGCUCUACUGAAGAACCGAUUUGACCACAUCUUCUACACAGGUUCUCAGGCCGUGGCUCGCCACAUCCUGCAUGCGGCCGCGGACCACCUGACCCCUGUGACCUUGGAGCUGGGUGGGAAGUGUCCGUGCCUGAUAUACGGUAAGGUGAACAUCACCUACGCCGCGCGCCGACUGGCCUGGUCAAAGUUCUUUAACACGGGCCAGAGCUGUGUGGCUCCGGACUUCUUGGUGUGCUCGAAGGCCACCAGGGACGCCCUGCUGCCCGCACUGAGACAAACCCUGGAGGAUUUCUACAGCAAGGAGCCCGAGAGCUCCUCCGACCUGCCCCGCAUCGUGUCCCCAAGACACUGGACCCGACUCAUGGAGCUGCUCAAGAGGUCCAAGGGAAAGGUGGUGAUGGGAGGAGAGAGUAACGAGGAGAACAAGUACAUCGCUCCCACAGUGCUGGUGGACGUGGCUGAAGAUGACGCUAUGAUGGAGGAGGAGAUCUUCGGCCCCUUCCUGCCCAUCCUCACCGCAGAGACUCUGGAGGAAGCCAUCGCCUUAAUCAACCGCCAAGAGAAGCCACUGGCCCUCUACGUGUUCUCUGAAGAGUCCUCUGUGGUGAACACGGUGCUGGAGAAGAGCAGCAGCGGAGGAUUCUGCUCCAAUGACGGGAUCAUCCACAUGGCGCUGCCAACGCUGCCUUUCGGGGGUGUAGGGGCCAGCGGUUUCGGCAGUUACCACGGCCGCUGGGGCUUUGAGACCCUCAGCCACCAGAGGGCCGUCAUGCUGCGGGGGUGGACCUUGGAGAGACUUAACGGCCUGCGCUACCCCCCCUACACAGAGGACAAGCUGAGCUGGCUGCGCUGGACCACCUCUGCCAAACCCAGCUGCUCACUCAUGUGAUGUGUGUGUAUGUGUGUGUAUGAGAAUGUUUGGGAUAUACUGCCACUGUGAUUAAUCAUGUGUUGGUUGUUUGUGUGUAUUACUGGGUGUUUCGUCCCUUUCUCUUAGCAUGACACAUCUUUUUGCCACUAUUAUAUUGUGUAUUUCUAUUGAGUUUGUACUGUAGUUCGUUUGAAGUCAUUGAUACUGUACAGCUUUAUUUUAUUAGUGAAACCUUUUAAAAUGGCUGAUCUGUUUAAUACACUGAUAUUUUGACCUGGAUAAAUAGAGAAUGGGAUUACAGCGUUUUUGUUUUUUUCACCUUACUGGGUUGACACUGUACAUUUUUAUACUGUUUUCCAUGAAAUACUACUAAUAAAUAAAAAAUCGUCUUUUA